GCUGGUUUCACUUAGCCGCGGCUACUUAAGCACCGCUCCGCGUUCUGGAUCCCCCUCCCCGCGUUGUCUCUUGACAUCCAUAUUCACGACCUCUCACGAGUUCACGAGCCUGUUACGAAAACUGCAUUUUGCUUCCAUCUGCUUUGUUGAUUUGACCGGUGUUUACGAACGAGCUUUGAUAGAGAAAGCUCCUACGAAUUGUUAACGAAGAUGACGAGCCAAAAGAAUUCCCUCCUCCUCCAUAUCCUCCUCCUCUCCCUCUCCGCACCGAUCUCAGCUUCCCCAGUCAAGCGUGGUCUCGGCGAUGCGCUCAAUGCCGCUGUCGGCGGUGGAUCUCAGUCGAGUAGCGCGGUGCCCGCUGCUGUCGCAGCCAGUCCGUCGUCGUCGUCCUCGGCUUGUCCCAACGGCAACUGUGUGUCGGGUAACGGUGUCGCCAACGCCGCGGGUCUCAGCGGGGCUGCUCCAGCGCUUUCCUCUGUGUUGUUUGCGUCUUCGUCAGCAUCUCCUGCCGCUUCGUCUGCUCCGGUGGUGGUGGCUGCUGGGUCCUCGGUAGUCCGGUCGUCUUCAUCUGCCGCUGCUGCUGCUGUUGUCGCGUCCUCAUCUUCGGCCCCUGUCGCAUCUUCCUCCGCUUCCGCUUUUGCCCCUGUCUCAAGUGCUUCCGCGGUCGUUCAGUCUUCGUCUGCUGCUGCUGCUGCUGCUGCGCUCGUUCCAUCGUCGUCUGUGGCCGUGCCUUCCUCGGCGACCUGCCCGAACGGCAACUGUGUCAGUGGUGGUGGCGUCGCCAAUGCCGUCGGUGGCGGUGGUGUCCUUUCAGCGAUUUCGAGCGCACUGUUCGCCUCUUCGACUUCGACUUCGGCAAUCCCGGUUCAGUCUUCCAGUGCUGUUGUUCAAUCCUCCUCUGCCGCCCCCGCCCCCGCCGUCGUUCAGUCGUCCUUGGUCGUCGCAGCUGCUCGGUCGUCGUCUGCUGCCGCUUCUUCUUCUUCGGGUUGCCCGAACGGUAACUGUGUGUCCGGCAACGGCGCUUUGGAUAGCUUCGGAGCGAAUGGAGUGGUGCCUGCCGUCUCGAGCCUCCUCUUUGCGUCGGUAUCCUCCUCUGCGCCGGCUGCGUCGUCCUCUGCGAUUGCGGUUGCGUCCUCGGCAUCAGCGGCCCCCAUUGUCUCCGCGUCAGCGGCUGUCUCGGCGUCAGUGGCUGUCUCCGCAUCGGCCUCCGUCCCGUCGAGCGGUAACGGACAAGGCAUCGUCGGCUUCGUGGCACAAAUCCAGAAUGUCGUCUCCUCUGUCCUGGCUGGUGCAAACCCUCUAGUGUCGAGUGCUGCUGCAUCUGUUCCAAGUGCCGUUUCGAGUGUCGUCGGCUCUGUCCCCAGUGCUGUUUCGGCUGUCGACUCGGCUGCGUCGAGCGUGCUUGCUGUGGUUCCCACUGCUGUUUCCGCUGCCAAUAUAGCCGUUUCCAGUGCCAUCAGUGUGUUUUCUGCAGCCAACCCCGCUGCGUCGAGCGUCAUUGUGGUUGUUCCCAGUGUCACAUCUGUCGUCAACCCUGCGCUUUCGAGUGUUGCCGCCGUGUUGCCCAGCGCCGUUUCCGAAGUUCCAGUGGUGAUUUCAGCGGUCCAGUCUGCGGUUUCCAGCAUCCUAGGCAACGUUCCGCCAGCUGCAUCCGGCGUCAUCUCCCAGGUCGAUCCCAUCGUCUCGAGCAUUGUCGCUGGUGUUCCCAGUGCGGCUUCCAAUGUUCCGGUUGUAGUGUCUGCUGUCGAGUCCGCCGUGUCGAGUCUCUUGGGCCAGGCUGUGUCCAGUGCUGCCUCGAGCGUGGUUGCACCUGUCCCUAGCGUUGUCUCCGCUGUCGAGUCAGCAGUUUCGAGCAUCCUCGCUGGCGCUACGACUGUUCCCUCUGCUGCGAUUUCUCAGGUGGACCCCAUCGUUUCCAGCAUCCUCGCGGCCGUUCCUAGCGCAGCUUCCAGUGUCACGGUGGCUAUCUCUGCUGUCGAAUCUGUGGUGUCAACCAUUCUAGGUGGUGCGCCGGGUGCCCCCUCUGCCGUCGUCUCUCAGGUCGAUCCAAUUGUUUCGAGCGUGGUGUCAGAUGUGCCGGCUGUCGUCUCUGCUGUAGAAUCUGCGGUCUCAAGUAUAUUGGGAGGAACAGCCCCUAGUGUCGCUGCAGGUGCCGUCACGCUCGCUCCUAGCGUCGCUGCUGCCAUCGAGUCUUCCGUUUCGAGCAUCCUGAACGGCGUCCCUCCAGCUGCAUCCGCCGUCGUCUCCCAGGCCGAUCCCAUCUUUUCUGGUGUCCUGGCUGCCGCCUCAAGCGCCGUCUCCGCUGCCGACCCCGCCGCUUCGAAUGCAGUCGGAUCUGUCGAGUCCCUCAUCUCCAGUAUUCUCGGUGGUGCUUCUUCGGCCGCCUCCAGUCUCGCUGGUGACACCAACAGUCUGCUGUCCAGUGCCCAGCCUGCUGCAUCCAGCCUUCUUUCCGCCGCCGACCCAGUCUCCUCGAGUGUCCUCGCCGACUCCUCCGUGGUUGCUAGCGACGUAGCAGCGGUUCUGUCGAGCAUCGUUGCUGUGCCCAGCGGUGCCGUGGAUCCCACCGUUGUUUCUGAUGUUCUGCCCGGCAACGGUGCUAGCGCGUCGGCGACUGCGGCGCCACCGGCUCCGUCUGGUGGAGGACUGGCUGCGUUCGUGGGCGGGAUCGUGUCUGCUGUGUCGUCGGUCGUCUCGGAUGUUGUGAAUGGCGGUGCACCGGCCAGCCUUGUCUCCGCCGUGGAGUCGGCGAUUCCGUCGGCUGUGUCUGCCGUCGACAGUGCUGCUGCUUCCGCUGCUUCGCUCCCUGCAGGCGUGAUCGCCAGCUUGACAAGCGAUGUGGCGUCUGUUGCUAGUGGUGGCGUCGUGCUUCCGUCGGGUCUGCCCUCGCUCUCCGGUAUUGUAGCGUCGGCGACGAGUGUUGUGGGUGGCGUUGUGGCGUCGGCAACGAGCGACGCGGGUGUCAUUGCUUCGGGUGUUUCUAGUGUUGUUGGUGCUGUCUCGAGCGAUGCCGGAUCGAUCGCUACGGUGGCCUACAGUGCGGUUGGUGCGAUUUCCAGCGACGUCAGCGGAGUCUUGGCGUCAGUUUCCAGCGAUCUGGCCUCCGUCGUUUCUGCCGCCCCGAGUGAUGUCGCGUCUGUUCUGUCCAGCGCUGCGGGUUCGCUCCCCUCAGACGUCGCCUCCAUCUUAUCGGCCCUCCUUGACACUGCCGGAUCUUCACCUAGUGAUGCUGCGUCUGAUGUUGGUGCGAUUGCUGCGUCGGCCACGAGCGUUCUUGGUUCGCUCCCGAGCGACGUGGUUUCUGUCGUGUCGGCUGCCCCGAGCGAUGUCGCCUCGGUCCUCUCAAGCGCAGCUGGAUCCCUCCCGUCGGACGUUGCGUCCAUCCUCUCUGCUUUGUCGAACGCUGCGGGAUCCUUGCCAAGCGAUGUCGUCUCGAUGAUCUCAGCU